GCAGAGAUUAUGAUGUUCCAGAGCCUUCUUUUGUGUGGAAGAUCAGAGGUAUAUGAUCAAUACAGGGAUUGGCGGCUUGAUGUUGAUAAUAUGACAUAUGAGGAAUUGCUUGAACUGGGAGGUAAAAUUGGAUAUGUAAAUACUAGUUUAAGAGAAGAUGAGAUAUUCCAUUGCCUCAGAAAAAUUAAGCACUCCUUUAUGGAGGAUCUGCAAUCACAUAUUCCCACUGAAACAGAUUGGAAAUGUAGCAUUUGUCAAGAAGAAUAUGUAGUUGAUGAUGAAGUGGGAAAGCUGGACUGUGGCCACAGUUAUCACCUAUUUUGUAUAAAGCAAUGGCUUCUGCAGAAGAAUGCUUGCCCUGUCUGCAAGGCUGCAGCAGCAGCAAUACUAAGAUUGGAAAUCAUUCAAGAAUAUGAUGCUGAUAAUGAGAUGGGAAAGCUGGAUUAUAGCCAGAGCUAUCACAUGUUUUGCUUAAAACAGUGGCUUCUGGAGUGCUUGCCCGGCAGCCAUGCUGCCAAGUGCCAGCUCAAUAUUAAGAUUGACUUCAUUUGAACCUCAGUGUCUGCCAAUGGGUAUUGGAUCAGUGUUUCUCCUUUAUUGCUUUUUGUACAGCUUUCGACUGAAAUAAGCAUUCAUCCAUUCUUUGU